CAUCAUCACCAAUAUCAAAAGACAAUGUCUUCUUCAAAGGUAAACCUUGAAAAUUAUCUAAUACCACUAGAGGAGAUCAACCUUGCAACCAAAAACUUCAGCCCGGAAAGAUGCAUUGGAGGCGGUGGAUUUGGCAAGGUCUACGUAGGAGAACUCUCUAAACGUUGGCAAAACCGCACAACUGCUAUCAAACGCCGAGCUCCCGAUAGUUAUCAAGGAGAGGACGAGUUCCGUAAUGAGCUUCACAUGAUUUUAAAAUUCAAGCAUGAAAACAUCAUCUCCUUUAUUGGCUACUGUGAUGAAGCCGAUGAGAUGAUCAUAGUUUAUGAGUACGCUACCAAUGGAAGCCUCGACCAUCAUCUCCAAUAUGCAAAUAAGAUGUGUGACAUAACAUGGACACAACUCCUCAAGAUUUGUUUAGGGGCAGCAAGAGGACUAGAUUAUCUUCACUCAGGUCUUGGGGAGCACACCAGAGUGAUACAUAGAGACUUUAAGAGUGCUAACAUAUUGUUAGAUAAAAAUUUGGUGGCAAAAAUAUGUGAUUUUGGCCUGUCAAAAUGGGGUCCAAAGAAUCAGCCAAUUACCCAUCUCAAUACAAAGGUUGCGGGUACCCAAUUUUACUUGGAUCCCAUUUACCAUGAAAGCCAUAUCCUCCGAAAAGAAUCAGACGUGUACUCAUUUGGUGUGGUACUAUUCGAAAUGUUGAGUGGGAUGCUUGUUUACAGUGAAAGAAGCCUUGGAAAUAAGGCAACGUUUCUAAUGACUUUGGUUCGACAAUCUGAUGAAAAGAAAGUACAUGAGUUAGUUGAUCCCCACAUAAGACAUCAGAUUAGCGGUCCUUCUUUAAGAAGUUGCAUAUCAGUGCAUUAGUUUAAAUUUAAAGGAACGCCCUAGUAUGGCCACAGUCAUUGGGAAGAUCGAACAUGCGUUGGAUAUUCAAGGGUUACCCGGAUCAAAAGUUCUUACCAUUACAGACAUGUGUGUCGGGGAUUUUCUCAUUCUUCAUCCUUCAAAACUCAAAUUUCCAUUGGAACUGAAGAAGCAUAGUUUAUGUUCCUUACAUUUGACCAACAAGACCGACCAGUUAAUUGCCUUUAAGAUUCAAACAACGACCCCAUUGGAAUACAAUGUUCUUCCAAACAAUGGAAUUAUAUUACCAAGAUCAGUUUGUAAUAUCACUGUUAUAAAGAGAGCAAUAAAUGAGGCACCACCUGACAUGAUGUGCAAAUCUAAAUUUAAAGUUAAAGCUGUUGUAGCACCUAAUGGGGCAACUACAAAUGACAUAACUAACAGCAUGUUCGAUAAGGAAGAGAACAAGCAAGUACAGUCGGUUUUUCCGACAAAGGAAUUUAUAAACAUCCAGGAAACCAUUAAAGCAAUUGUGUGGUGGGUUGAUGAAGUUAUUCCAAGUUGGGUUGAUGAAGUUAUUCUAGAUGCACCAUGA